ACUGACUAGUGUACUGAUUAACUAACAAUUACGACUCCUCGAACAUCGCUAAAUUCUAAUUAUAUCGCGUGUCUCUAAAUAAAACUCAUCAAUCUACAGUUCGUUAUCAUAAAACCUGCACGAUUCUCAAAAGUCAGUUUCAAUGUGAUAACGAUUUUAUUUGCGCAUCCGUGAAUAUAAAAGUACAUUUACCCUGCGAUAGUGAGUCAGACACAAUCAUCUCUCGAUUGGCGUUAAUUAAUGCAAUUUAAUGAUAGAGCUGAAGUUCAGACUUCGGGGUAUUCUUGGGCUGAUGAUAGAUUCCUAAGAUUUCAAUUUACAAGCGGAAACGAGAAAGCAGGAACUGGAACCGGAACUCAGAGGUCAAAAUUCUUUCAGUCUAUUUCAAGUUUAUAGUAUCCUCGCAUUUCCCGCUGCCCCACAGAAGCAAACCUACACCCCCACCCUUCCAGCUCACCCACUAUCCGAAGCGAAACCGCUAUAAAAGGCGUCGCGAUGUAACAUGGACGCCGGAUUACGAUGAAGUCGAGUGUCGCGUCGAGAUCCUGUCAAGCGUGGAUUUACGUCCUCGUGGCCGUUGUUCUACUACAUGUCCUGGGACUUUCUUACGCUAUGCCAUACGGCACGGGUGAGCAAACAAUUAGGCUGUGUUCCAGAAGCCUUAGUGAUGCGCUUUUUCUCAUCUGCCAGGGCAGAGGAUACAAUAGCCCGUUUUCCUACAGCAGUGAAGAUGAACUGCGAACAACGAGCACUUCUGGACCUGGACUUGUCGACGAGUGUUGUUUACAAUCUUGCAGCAUUAAACAACUUGAAAUGUACUGCAAACCUGCGAGUGAUGAAAGCAACUCGCAGGAUGCCAUGGAUGAUUCUGUGAGAAUAAUAAAUCUCCCAGAUGUCUUGGUGCCAAAUGAGCCUGGUCAAAUAACGAGAAGAAUAUUAAACCAUUCCUGAUAACGCAGUCAUGCGUAAUGGGCCAAAGUUCAACAAAGCAGCACGAUUAUUAUGGUUCUGUUGAAGACGUGCUAUCAUUUAGGUAGAUCUCCAUACGGUUUUGUCCGUCUCAAAGAUUCAAACUAGAAAUAUCUUCAGUAUUCAAAAGUUUCAUUAUGCCCUUUUUUAUUGGCCGCUUUUGAUGAUAUGAAGUAGUUGCCUGUUGAACAAUUUUCUAAGCUUUGUGAUAGAAGACUUGAGAGUACAAAAAAGUCAGGAUUCCAGAUCAACAAUCGACAUCUUCACCUCAGCCCUAGAAAAUAAAUUAGUGAUCGAAUAUUAAUGAUUGAUCCUUGACCUGGAGUCACCCCAUUCCUCGGAAAAGAAGGACGAACCGUGAAGACUUGUGUUCUCUUUCAAGGAUAUGACUAAACUUUUGAGCCUCAGACGGUGCUGUGAAAUCUGAAGAUUCCAUCCAAAUUGAAAUGGGAUCACUGUAUAUAGACUUUAACAAAAUUCAAUGUGAAAGAAAGAGUGAGAUAAAGUGAGAAUCUGCAUACGAGUUCAAUAAAAGAGAUAGGCCGGAUCGUCUUAUUUCGGAAUUCAAGCAGAUGAAAGAGACUUUUUAACUUGACUAAGUAUUCCGAACGCAACGAGU